AUGACCACCGUUCCAACAAAAAUUGUGCUGAAAAGCACCACCAGGAUGUCAUUAAAUGACAGGUUCUCCAACAUUACCCCAACAAUUCAAAACAUUCGAGCCAAUAUUGCCGCUGAGCAUCAGGUAUCAGCAGCCAAUCGUAGGCUGGCACAGCAACUGGCCAAUCGGCCUGGCCUUCAGGGUGCGCCAGUUAAUGUCUACCAGAUGCAGCCGCCGUACAGAGAUGGGCGACAGGGAAACAUCAAUGUUGGCCCCAACAGGAAAAACCUGCAGCAGAGGCUCGGAAGAGGUAACAUCAAGAACAGACUUUCCAUGCCUCGAGGCCAGCCAUUGAGGGGCAGAGGUAGAGGUCGUGGACGAGGAGGUAUAAGACCUGUCCAGAAUGGAGCCGGAGACAACCAAUGGGUGGCCAACAAAACUCAAGAAAGAGGAGGAUUCACACCCAGACGGGGCCGUGGUGGCAGAGGAGUCUUCAGAGGACGUGGGCGAGGCACUUUCAACAGAAUGGAUGAGAAUCGUGGAGGUGAUGAAGGUGGGAAUCGUGGAGGAAGGGGUUCGCUGGGCAAAACACAUUUAUCAGGCGAGGAAGAGGAGGUGGCAAGAGGAAACAGGCGUGGCAUGAGACGAGGGGGAAGAGGUCAACCACGGGGCAGGGGGACCACUGGCAGAGGGGGCAGUAACAACAGCAAUGUUACUGUCCAGGAGUUGGACAGUCAGCUGGACGAGUACAUGACCCAGAGCAGAUCCCACCUGGACGCCGAGCUAGAUGCAUAUAUGUCAGAGGUUAACAAUUAG